UGUUUAAAUUAAAUCAUUCGUAAAGACACGUCUCGUUAAACUGUUGAUACAACUUGUUGUGCCAUAGCAGUUUUCUGGAAUUCUACGAUCGUUAGAGGGGGACACAUUCGAUGUUUCGAUUGUAGUUGGAUCGUAAACGUAACCGUAAACGUUGGCAACGAAUGUUAAUACACGGCGUAAGGCUACACUAAUUUUGAGUCAUAACACAGAUAUUGUUAUAUUCAGGAAAAUGUCAAGAAGUUCACAGAGUGAAUGGAAAAACCUUGCGUUUGACUUAUACAAAGAAUGGAAAGGAGAAGAAGAAUUUGUGAGGAAAAUGUCAGAAUUUAAUAAGGAUCCUCCACCACCUGGUAUCUUUAGCAAGGCACAGCUGAUUACAAAUUUGACCAAACUAGAAACUGUUUUUGGUCUAAAAGCUCUUUGUUCUGGAAAACGGGCAACACAUCCUAAAGGAUUCGGAGCGUUCGGUCAAGUAACGAUCGUCAAGAAUCCCAAAUUUCCAGAAAAUAAUUUCUUUACGCCUGGUAGAACAUUCCCAGUUCGUUUGCGUCAUACCAGUGCUCGCUUUGAAGAUAACACAAUGGCGGACUUCAGAGCUGCUUCCUUGAAAUUUGCUGACGAUAAUGACGGUUCGCCUCUAGAUAUCAUCAUGAGUACGGGAUGUGUGGGACUUUUCAGUUCUACACAAUCUCUGUGGGAGAUAAUAAAGGUUGCUGCAGGAAAACUUACCUACAAGGAUUACCUUCUGCUCAACCCCAUAAAUUUGUAUACAAACAUCGAUGGGAUUCGCCGAGUACCUGACUCAUGCACAGAUCAGGUCUACUAUUCACAAAUUGCUUUCCACUUCAAAGCAAAAGAUGAAAAACAGCGUUACGUUAAAUACAGACUAAUGAAUGCUGAAGGACGUCCAGAAACUGGACUACUGACUGAAGAAGAGCAAAGAAGUGUUUGGGAUCGAGAUCGCUGUCCAGGAGAAAAACGUACCAAGGACUAUCUGAAAAAAGAAUUCGAAGAUCGCCUUUCCAAAGGACCUGUCAACUACAAGUUACAACUUCAGCUUCACGAAGUCAAUCCCAAUGAUAGUCCACAUAUCCUUAAUGCUGCUAAGGCCUGGGAUGAGAACACACACCCWUGGAUUGAUCUUGCUGAUGUAACCAUAACGACUUUGCUUGCUGAUGACGUCAUUGAGCGUACAAAAUAUAACAUCUCAAACACUCCACCCUCGUUGUCCGUGGUUGGUCCCCCUGAGUCUAUUUAUGACUUCAGAUGCAUCCCUUAUUACCGACAGCGAGUUUACAAGCAAAGUCAGAGAAUGCGACUUUUAAGAGGUCCUCGUCAUCAUGACGACAAUUGCUGUUCAUACGUCAUUCAGAUUGAAACAGGGGACGUAAAAUACGCUGRAACAGAUGCAACCAUCACUCUCACAAUGACAGGUUCCAAAGGACGUACAGAUGCCAUUAUUUUAGACAAGCGUCUCUAUAAUGACUUUGAACGAGGCGCCAUUGAUGAUUACAAGAUAACUACAAUGGAUGUUGGUGAYCUUUACCUGAUUUACUUACAAAAUGRCCAAGAUGGAGUAUUUUCUGACUGGUUUGUAAGCAAGGUGACCAUUCUCAAAGAAGGUUUAGAUUUACCCUAUGAAUUUCCUUGUUACUCGUGGGUCUCAAAGAAAUUGGUGGCUUUUCAUGGUGCAGGGGUGMUUCUCCAUCAGGACCAGCCCGACAUCGUAAAAAUCGAGCGUCAAAUGCAAAUCGCCGAGCGUCAGGAAGAGUACAAAUGGCUUCCCAUUGAAAAGAAAACUCCAGACUUUCCAGGUUGCAUUAAUGCRACGAAGCAUGAUGACAUCCCACUAAAUUCACAGUUUUCUGAUCCUUCAACAAAGUCGUUCAAUACWGGUCGACUUCACGCCGUUAUGAAUCUUGGUCUUAGCUAUUUGAUGACUUUGACAGAAAACUGGGAUUCUUUUGAUGACUUCAAGAAAAUGAUUUCCAGCUGGGUAGUAGAAGACAGACCUAAAUAUGCUGAAAAUGAUGCUUGGAUGGACGACGCCGUAUUUGGUAUGCAGUUCUUGAACGGUGUCAAUCCCAUGAUGAUUGAGCGAUGUGACAAACUACCUGAAAACUUUCCUGUCACUMACAAAAUUAUUGGAAACUUGUUGGAUCGUGGUCUGAGUUUGGACGAGGAAAUAAAAGCUGGUCAUAUAUAUAUUGUGGAUUACGCAGUUCUUGAGGGAAUUAAGCGUAAUGGGCAGGGUACCAAGAAUGUCCGUUAUGUUACAGAACCUCUUUUAUUGCUGUAUGUAAACAGCAAAAAUGAUUUAGUGCCAAUCGCUAUUCAGCUCUUUCAAAAGCCAUGUGAAGAAAACCCAAUAUGGACUCCCAAUGAUGACAAACUGGACUGGCUUUUUGUGAAAAUGUGGGUGAGAGCUGCGGAUCUUCAAGUUCAUCAGAUGAUAAUUCACUUGAUGAACACACAUCUCAUAAUGGAGUGUUUUGCUGUAGCAACAUGGAGAAACCUUCCUUCCAUCCAUCCAAUUUUCAAGUUACUAUUCCCWCAUAUCCGUUCCAUAAUGGCCAUCAACACCUUGGGUAGAAAGGAACUCAUCAGUAAAGGUGGMAUUUCUGACAUCACCCUCUCCAUUGGAGGCGGAGGCCAUCUCGAAUUGAUACAAAAGGCYUUUCGCAGGUUCACUUGGGACAUGGUGGACAUCCCAGCCAAUCUUGAGAAGAGAGGACUAAUGGACAGUUCAAAGCUUCCUCAUUUUUAUUAUAGGGAUGAUGCUCUAAGGCUAUGGUACGAAAUAAGCAGUUUUCUCAGGAAUUUCGCUCAAUUGUAUUAUGCCUCUAACGACGAUGUCAUCAAUGACACAGAGAUUCAGGCCUGGGUGAAGGAUGUCCAUGUCAACGGUCUAUCUACUUCACAGGGUCACGUGGACCACAAAUUUCCCAAGAYCAUUCAGUCAAUUGACGAACUUGUUCAUCUUUUGACAUGCGUAGUGUUCACUUGUUCAUGUCAGCAUGCCGCGGUUAACUUCAGCCAGCUUGAAGUUUAUGCGUUCAUACCCAACGCCCCUCCAACCAUGCAACUACCUCCUCCAACAAASAAAGGAGAGACAACAAUAAAGAGAAUUAUGAAUACUCUUCCAAGCAAAUGGCAAACAGGAUGGCAUAUCGGAACUAUGCAUACCCUUACUCGCAUUUCUGAGGAUGAGAAAUUCCUUGGAGAUUAUACAGAUGGAUUGCUCGUCGAUUCCAAAGCGCUGGACAUCAUUGCAAAAUUUCAAGACAAUCUGCAAAAGAUUUCUGAUGCUAUCAAGCUGCGUAACAAGUCUUUAGAAUGGCCAUACGUUUACUUGCUGCCAGAAAGAGUUCCAAACAGCGUGGCUAUUUAAAAGUUAACCAAUAACUUGCCGCCUUUAAAUAUUAUACAGUAUUAGUUUUGUUAUCUUCGUUGGAAGUAAUGUUUAAAGUCCGACACAAUGAGGACUUGACGGGAUUUCAAGUCCGCGCAAUUAGUUCCAGUCCGAGUCUUUGUUUGAUAUUUAUGGCAUUCCUAAUGAGCCUCAUUCAUAAGAUUUAUAAGUAUGUUAUCUUCCCAGGAAGCGCAUCAAAAGGACGGCUCAUAUAGACUUAGGGUAUAGACGGUAUAGGGGAUCGAGUCGUGAGGGAGUCAUGUAUUAAAGACCUUUUAUCACAAGAUUAAUGUUAAACUGAUUAUUUCUAUUACUUUUAUUAUCAUUAGCUAGUAGUAGUUGGAAACAUGGUAGAAGUAACUGGAAACAAGGUAGAAAUAGCUGGAAAUUAUGUAGAAGUAACUUGAAAAAGGUAGAAGUAACUGGAAAUAAGGUARAAUACAAGGUACGAUUACUUCCUCUGGUUUCAAGUUACUUCACGUGGUAUAAAUUAUAAUCAGGGAUUGGCUGGAUACCUCAUGAAUAAUUAAUAACUAUGAGAAUUGAACGUAACCCUUUUGCAAGAUAUACUCAUACUUUCUUCCUUUAUCGAUGUACCUUAUGUCUAUUUAGAUUAUAUA